AUCAAAUUUGAAUCAAACAGAUAUCGUUUUCUAGAUUGUCCCGCAUGCUUAUGUUGAUGGAGGCCGUGCUAAUUUCAUCAUUCAGUUCGAUCUAAGUCGGUCUUAGAAAAGUCACCCAUCAAAGGGUUAAGUAAUAUGUCGGAAGAAGCUGACGAUCCGAAAAUAAAUUCAGAAACAAAAUCCUUAUGAGGGAAAAGAUGAUUGCCCAAAGAAUCCUGAAACAUUAUUUAAAACAACCGUAUUUCUGCCGUUACUUGAUACAGCGAUUUCUUCAAUUGAAGGUCGUUUUGACCAAUUAAAAUAUCACACAAUUCUGUUAAAACAUUGUAUGGAUUUAUAUGUACGUCUGAAGGACAAAGAAUCAAGCGAUGUAAAUGGCUUAGAAUUUUGUGACGAAUUGUCGCGAAAAGCUUAUAUUAAAUUUCAAGUUAAAGAUGUAAAUUUAAGAACAACAGCCAGAAUUACAAAUGGGAUGGAGAGAAAGUUCUUCAAUGAAAUAUCGUUAGGAAAAAUUCUUUAUGAUAUAUGUCCAAAUUAUUUAUAUUUGCAGAAAUUAAAAACGGAUUCAAUAGGAUGGGUUAAAGAUUUCAGCGGCAUAUUUGCAGAUGCAUAUAUUAUACCAUACAUGCACGUGAUAAGUGAUCAUAUGCAUGAAUUUCAAGAACUUGAUGAAGAUGACGAACUGGCAUGUUUUAGUCUUCAAGGUGCAGAAAAGUAUAAUGAUCUAAGUACAACCGAUUACGUUAGAUCAACAAACAAACACCACAAUUCCCUAGAACAAAUGAUUACAAAAGAAUUACAAAAAGCACACGUAUUGCUAAAUGAAGAAGAAAAAACAGCAUCAUUUAAUGAUAUUAAUUUAAACAAUUUGUUGCUUAAUUCUUUUAACGAUCAUGACGCUAUAUACGUGUUUUUACCAUCAUAA